GUGCAGUGGACAGAUAAUAAUAUCUUGAAUCCCGUUGCCGGUGCUCUUUCCUGAACUAGCAGUUCAGAAAUGCUGGCGAAAGGACUCGUGAGCCUUCCCAGCGAAAGCCUCAGGUUGAGGUGGAAGCAGUCCCAACUCCAAACGCCUUUCGGCUGCCGCUCCAUACCAUGCCGCUCCCGGAAAAGUAAGGUGAUGUUGGUUACAGCUCGUUAUUCUCGGAGGCAAAUGGAUACUCCCGGGGCUUAUCAGCUCAUUGACGACGAGACCGGAGAAAAAUUCAUUGUUUGGGGUGGAAUCGAUGAUGACCCCCCAAUCCCUUCCAAGGAUGUUCUCUCUUGGAAUCCCGUUGACAACAACACACCCACUCCUAGUAAGGAUGGCCACGCAGGUAUUGAACCUGCAGCAGCAGUUAAAAAAGAUGUUUUUCCAAAGGCACAAACCAAGGGAGUAACUGGAAGUUUCGGAAGAUUAAAAGCCCAGAGAGUGAAAGCUCUUACCACAAAGACAUCUAAGGCAAAGCGAGAGCUUAAUGAAUGUGAUGAUAAUGAACUAGAAGUAGAAGGUGCACCCUCCCGAAGAUCUAUUGGUUCACAUUCUGAACUUGAAUUCAUGGAUGAAAAGAAGAAAUUGCUCAUACAUGGAGGAAAUGCUUCAAGGGCUUUCAGAAGACGAGAAAUCAAGGAUGUGAUUCAAACAACAGGGGAAAUCAAAGAUAAGAUCCAUUCUGAUAAAACUGUGAAACGUGACAUUGGGAAGUUCUCAGAGCUUCAAAUUACACCAGAAAAACCUCACAGAUCUGACAACAAAAUAGCUGGAGCAGAUGUUCUAGUUCCAAGAGUUUCUACUGCUAAUUUACAAGGAUGGGGUUAUGGGGAGACCAUGCGUAACUUUGAAUUUGAAACGACUAACAUUCCAAAGCGACGGGGAAAAGGAAACUCAUUGGCUGACAGUGAUUUUUUCAGCGGAAAAUCCUUUAGAGACCUAGGGUGCAGUGACUAUAUGAUUGAAUCCCUAAGGGGUCAGCUUUUUGUACGCCCUUCACAUAUUCAGGCCAUGGCGUUUGCAACUGUUAUGGAGGGAAAAAGCUGUAUUAUAGCUGAUCAAAGUGGAUCAGGAAAGACAUUGGCAUAUCUUCUCCCAGUAAUUCAGCGUCUUAGGGAAGAGGAGCUCCAAGGUCUGGGCAAGUCCUCUGCAGGAUGCCCUCAAGUCGUUAUACUGGUGCCAACUGCUGAGUUGGCUUCUCAGGUGUUAAGUAAUUGCCGAUCAAUCUCAAAAUUUGGGGCUCCAUUCCGUUCCAUGGCUGCGACAGGUGGUUUUCGACAGAGAACUCAAUUGGAAAAUCUACAACAGGAUUUGGAUGUUCUAAUUGCAACCCCUGGUCGUUUUAUGUUCCUAAUUAAAGAAGGCUUCUUGCAGUUAACAAAUCUUAGAUGUGCCGUGUUGGAUGAGGUAGAUAUACUACUAAAUGAUGAAGAUUUUGAGCUAGCGCUGCAGACUUUAAUUAAUUCUUCCCCUGUUACCAUGCAAUAUCUCUUUGUGACAGCAACUUUACCAGUAGGCAUAUAUAACAAACUAGUUGAAGUUUUUCCUGACUGUGAAGUGAUCAUGGGACCUGGUAUGCACCGAAUAAGCUCCAGACUUGAGGAGGUUCUUGUUGACUGCAGUGGAGAUGAUGGGACAGAAAAAACUCCUGAAUCGGCCUUUCUCAAUAAGAAAUCUGCUCUUUUGCAGCUUGUGGAGGGAAGUCCAGUUUCCAGAACAAUUGUUUUCUGUAACAAGAUUGAGACAUGUAGAAAGGUUGAAAAUGUAUUAAAGCAUUUUGAUAGAAAAGGAGUUCGUUUGCGAGUUUUAGCAUUCCACGCUGCAUUGACUCAGGAGUCUAGGCUAGCAAAUUUGAAGGAGUUCCUCAAUUCUCACUCUGAAGGAGUCUCUCUCUUUUUGGUUUGCACUGAUAGAGCAUCUCGUGGGAUCGACUUUGCCAAAGUGGAUCAUGUUGUACUCUUUGACUUCCCCCGUGAUCCAAGCGAAUAUGUACGACGAGUUGGAAGAACAGCCAGAGGUGCUGGAGGAAAGGGGAAGGCAUUUGUGUAUGUGGUUGGUAAGCAGGUUUCUCUUGCAAGGAGGAUCAUAGAAAGAAACAAAAAGGGCCACCCCUUGCACAAUGUUCCAUCUGCCUAUGAGCUCAUGAGUUAGAAAGGAGCUACAUGUAAAAAGAAAAAGAAUGGAAUGUGAACCAGAGUAUCCAUGUCUUCUGGUUCAGUUUAAUCACUUAACUAUUAUGUAACAGGUCCCAACAUUAAUUGAAUCAUAUUUUGGCACCCAA